AUGUCGAGCUACGCCGAUAUAUAUGUCGGUUUUGAGGUGAUCUACACUGCCAAGGCAAAUACUACAAGCAUAUGUCUUGUUCGAUCCCGGCCUGGUCAGAUUCCCUUCAUAACCACACUCGAACUACGCAGCUUAGAUGCAAACAUGUACAGCCAUGUUGAUUCUAACAGCGCUCUGUUCAUGGAACAACGGCAUUCGCAGGGAACAAACAAAAAUGUUAGGUACCCCGAUGAUGCUUACGACCGGAUAUGGUAUCCUGCGUACAUUCUAGGAUCGAUUGACGUAGAAAAUGAAGCAACUACGAUCGAUACUAGUACCGCAGAAGAUAAUCCACCAGUAGCUGUGUUGCGAAAUGCCAAUACUUUGAAUACCAGUACUCCUCUCAGUAACACAAGUAUUCAAGAGUACAUCUUGUUAUCAACCAGAUUACCAGCAUUCAAAGUUCCGAUUUACAUGAACCUGUACUUCUCCGAAGUGACGUCGCUGCUGUCGACGCAGAAAAGAUCCUUUCAGCUCUACGUCGAUGGCAAGCCUUAUUCAAAAGCCAUCAUUCCUCCAUUCGGGAGUGUGAAUGAGGUUUCUGUCACAAACAUAACGGCUUCUUCCAUUACUUCGUUCGAGCUGCGUCCCACGCCUGACUCCACGCUUCCUCCUCUCAUCAAUGCCAACGAGGUUUUUAGCAUUGGCGACUCAUUUUCAGUCACAACCGACGGCAAAGAUGUGGAAGGAUUAGCCAUACUGCAAAUGCAAUUCGAAGUGUUACAGAAAUGGAGUGGCGAUCCAUGUCUUCCAUUGAACUAUACGUGGGAAUGGGUUGAAUGUAGCUCCGACACUAUUCCGCGUGUAACAGCACUCAAUCUGAGUAGCUUUGGUCUAUUUGGUGAACUUCCAGAUUUUAGUUCCAUGGAUGCGCUUAUCACCAUAGACUUGCACAGCAACAGCAUAAAUGGGCCUAUUCCUGAAUUUCUUGGCUCCUUUCCAGAAUUAAAGUUUCUGGAUUUGUCGGACAAUAGAUUCAAUGGAACAAUACCAACUUCCCUAUCCAAAAACAAGAAGUUGAAGUUGGUGGUGACCGAUAAUUGUCUAGAUGGAAUGUCUUGUGCUCCCGCUCCCCCUCCUCCUGAGGAUUCGCCGGCAGCCCCACCACAACAACAGCGAACACCGUCUCCCUCCGAAUCAGAUGACAAUAAUCCUCCUCCCCCGCCAUCGACUGCCGACUCUAGAAUGGGUGGUAAUAACACACCCUUUCUCAAUGCCAGUAAGAGGAGUGCGGAGCUAGUACUACCCCUGGUAUUGGGAGGCAUAAUUCAAGUCUUCUUAUUCGGUUUCUUGUUCAGCUACUUUGUUUAA